UGCAGGAAUCUUUGAACUGGUGGAGCUUGUUGGCAAUGGUACCUACGGGCAGGUCUAUAAGGGUCGUCAUGUUAAAACAGGCCAGCUUGCUGCUAUUAAGGUUAUGGACGUCACCGGGGAUGAAGAGGAAGAGAUCAAACAAGAAAUUAACAUGCUGAAGAAAUAUUCUCACCACCGAAAUAUCGCUACGUAUUAUGGUGCUUUUAUUAAAAAGAACCCACCGGGAAUGGAUGAUCAGCUCUGGCUGGUGAUGGAGUUCUGCGGCGCGGGCUCCGUCACCGACCUCAUCAAGAACACAAAGGGGAACACUUUGAAGGAGGAGUGGAUCGCCUACAUCUGCAGAGAGAUUUUACGGGGCUUGAGUCAUCUACACCAGCACAAAGUAAUUCAUCGAGACAUCAAGGGACAGAAUGUAUUGCUGACGGAAAAUGCUGAAGUUAAACUAGUGGAUUUUGGUGUCAGUGCUCAGCUGGACAGAACGGUGGGCAGGAGAAACACCUUCAUUGGGACGCCUUACUGGAUGGCCCCCGAGGUCAUUGCCUGCGAUGAAAAUCCCGAUGCCACUUACGACUUCAAGAGUGACUUGUGGUCUUUGGGGAUAACGGCCAUCGAGAUGGCAGAAGGUGCUCCCCCUCUCUGUGACAUGCAUCCCAUGAGAGCCCUCUUCCUCAUCCCCCGCAACCCGGCCCCGAGGUUGAAAUCAAAGAAGUGGUCUAAAAAAUUUCAGUCCUUCAUUGAGAGCUGCCUAGUGAAGAACCACAGCCAGAGGCCAACCACGGAGCAGCUGAUGAAGCACCCCUUCAUCCGAGACCAGCCCAACGAAAGGCAGGUCCGCAUCCAGCUCAAGGACCACAUCGACAGGACUAAAAAGAAGCGAGGCGAGAAAGAUGAGACAGAGUACGAGUACAGUGGAAGCGAGGAGGAGGAGGAGGAAAAUGACUCUGGAGAGCCCAGCUCCAUCCUAAACCUGCCCGGGGAGUCGACGCUGAGACGGCAGCGGGAGAACGAGGAGCACAAGCGGCAGUUGCGGGCCGAGCGGCAGAAGCGCAUCGAGCAGCAGAAGGAGCAGAGGCGAAGGCUGGAGGAGGAGUACAUCAGGCGACAGUUAGAGGAGGAGCAGAGACAGUUAGAGAUCCUGCAGCAGCAGUUGUUGCAGGAGCAAGCCCUACUUCUGCAGCAGCAGCAGCAGCGGCAGGACCAGAGGCCGGCAGAGAAGAAACCCCUCUACCAUUACAAAGAAGGGAUAAAUGCCAGCGAGAAGCCUGCGUGGGCCAAGGAGGUGGAGGAGCGCUCCCGGCUCAAUCGCCAGAGCUCGCCGGCCAUGCCCCAUAAGGUGGCCAACAGGAUCUCUGACCCCAACCUGCCACCUCGGUCGGAGUCGUUCAGCAUCAGCGGCGUGCAGCCGGCCCGGACCCCGCCCCUGCUUCGGCCCGUGGACCCACAGAUUCCACAUCUGGUCACUGUGAAAUCCCAAGGAAGCUCCUUGUCUGGGUCUCAGUCACUGCAUGAACAGCCUGCAAAGGGACUGGCUGGGUUUCAGGAGGCUCUGACGGUGACCUCUCACCGCACUGAGAUGCCAAGGCAGAACUCGGACCCCACCUCAGAAAACCCUCCUCUGCCCCCUCGCAUUGAAAAGUUUGACCGAAGUUCUUGGUUACGGCAGGAGGAAGACAUUCCACCAAAGGUGCCUCAGCGAACCACUUCCAUAUCCCCUGCUCUGGCGAGGAAGAACUCCCCAGGCAACGGCAGCGCCCUGGGGCCGCGGCUGGGCUCCCCGCCCAUCCGGGCCAGCAACCCGGACCUGAGGAGGACGGAGCCCAUCGUGGAGAGCCCGCUGCAGAGGACCAGCAGCGGCAGCUCCUCCAGCUCCAGCACUCCCAGCUCGCAGCCCAGCUCCCAGGGCGGGUCCCAGCCCGGCUCCCAGGCUGGCUCCAGCGAGCGCAACAGAGUCAGAGGGAACGCCAAGCCCGAAGGGUCCCCUGUGCUCUCCCACGAGCCCGCCAAGGUGAAGCAGGAAGACAACAGGGACGUGACGCGACCGAGCCGACCCGCUAGCUAUAAGAAAGCUAUAGAUGAGGAUCUGACGGCCUUAGCCAAAGAGUUGAGGGAGCUGCGCAUUGAAGAAACCAAUCGCCCCCUGAAGAAGGUGACGGACUACUCCUCCUCCAGCGAGGAGUCGGAAAGCAGCGAGGAGGAGGAGGAGGACGGGGAAAACGAGACACAUGAUGGGACCGUGCCUGUCAGUGACAUCCCACGGCUUAUACCAACAGGAAUUCCUGGGAGCAAUGAGCCGUACAACCUGGGAAUGGUGACAACCCACGGGCUGGAGACUUCCCAUGCAGAUACGUUUAGCAAUAUUUCAAGGGAAGGGACUUUAAUGGUGAGGGAGACCUCUGGUGAAAAAAAGCGUUCUGGCCACGCAGCCAGCAAUGGCUUUGCAGGUCACAUCAAUCUCCCUGACCUGGUGCAGCAAAGCCACUCGCCUGCCGGCACGCCGACCGAGGCCCUGGGGCGAGUCUCCACGCAUGCGCAGGACAUGGACUCGGUGCCUGAAUACGGUAUGGGAAGUAGCACCAAAGCCUCUUUCACCCCAUUUGUGGACACCAGAGUGUAUCAGACCUCACCUACUGAUGAAGACGAAGAUGAGGAUGAAGAGUCAUCUGCUACUGCCCUGUUCACCAGCGAGCUGCUCAGACAGGAGCAGGCCAAGCUGAACGAAGCCCGGAAGAUCUCGGUGGUGAACGUCAACCCCACCAACAUCCGUCCCCACAGUGACACCCCGGAGAUCCGGAAAUACAAGAAGCGCUUCAACUCGGAGAUACUCUGUGCUGCUUUAUGGGGGGUGAAUCUGCUGGUGGGCACCGAAAACGGCCUGAUGCUGCUGGACCGAAGUGGACAAGGGAAGGUCUACAACCUCAUCAACAGACGGCGAUUUCAACAGAUGGACGUACUCGAGGGUCUGAACGUCCUCGUGACAAUAUCGGGAAAGAAGAACAAGCUGCGCGUGUACUAUCUCUCCUGGCUGAGAAACAGGAUUUUACACAAUGACCCUGAAGUGGAGAAGAAGCAGGGCUGGAUCACGGUCGGGGACCUAGAGGGAUGCAUCCACUACAAAGUCGUGAAGUAUGAAAGAAUCAAGUUCUUGGUGAUUGCCUUAAAGAAUGCUGUAGAGAUCUACGCUUGGGCUCCUAAACCAUAUCACAAGUUUAUGGCAUUUAAGUCUUUUGCAGAUCUCCAGCACAAGCCGUUGCUCGUGGAUCUCACUGUAGAAGAGGGUCAGAGACUCAAGGUUAUCUUUGGAUCACACACUGGUUUCCAUGUGAUUGAUGUAGAUUCUGGGAACUCUUAUGAUAUCUACAUACCAUCUCAUAUUCAGGGCAAUAUUACUCCUCACGCCAUUGUCAUCCUGCCUAAAACAGACGGGAUGGAGAUGCUUGUGUGCUACGAGGAUGAAGGCGUCUAUGUGAACACCUAUGGCCGGAUAACUAAAGAUGUGGUGCUCCAGUGGGGAGAAAUGCCUACUUCCGUGGCUUACAUUCAUUCCAAUCAAAUAAUGGGCUGGGGAGAGAAGGCUAUCGAAAUCCGGUCAGUGGAGACGGGACAUUUGGACGGAGUAUUUAUGCACAAGCGAGCUCAAAGGUUAAAGUUUCUAUGUGAAAGGAAUGAUAAGGUGUUUUUUGCAUCGGUGAGAUCCGGAGGAAGCAGCCAAGUGUUUUUCAUGACCCUGAACAGAAACUCCAUGAUGAACUGGUAACAGAGGAGCACUUGGCGCUCACCGCCAUGGCAUUAUUUCUAAUUUAAAGGACAUUAAAGACGUGGACUAACACUGUAGAGGCAGGUGCGGAGGGCCCCGAGGAACACGGCUCCCCACGCUCCCCCGGCGCCGUCAGCCCCGGGGCAGGGGCUGCGGGCAGGGAUGGACUUUCGCGCUUGGACCCCCCGAGGUCUCCUGAUUACGCUGUGUUAUAGUGGGUUAUGAGAUUUCCUUUAUUUUAUUUUAAUUUUAUUUUUUUUUUAUUUUCCUUUUUCUUUGUCCCCUACUUUGUAAGAAAGGGCAGAGAAACAGUGUCAAAAAGUCUGUUUUUAAUUCUGUCUGCCUGCUAGCAUCAAAUAUAUAGUAUGUUGUAAAGUUACCAAUUAAAUCUGGUGAGAGACAGCACAAUAAAUGUACCUUUUAUCUUUGUGAUGAAGGCCAUAACCGUAUAGCUGGGUAAUUUUAGAAAUCUUUUGCCUUCACCAACAUUUACAUGUUGCUUUUGGCAGCAACGGCUUAACGGAUUUUUAAAGAAGAGAAACAAAUAAUAGGGUUUUUUUUCCCCUCUUUUGGGAAAUGGGUUUUAAAUGGCUAAACUACUAGCCUUAGACUAAUAAAAAUCAGCUACCAUU